AUGUCUUGCGUUUCUGAAAGCUCACAUCUUAACAAGUUCUUGCGGCAGAGAUACCUCAGUCUUCCCCAAGGAGACUUCUGUCAAGUCACUUAUGUCUGGAUUGAUGGUUGUGGUGUGGACCUGUUUAGCAAGACUCGAACCAUGGAUUAUGAGCCAAAAAUCACAGCUGAUAUACCAGAAUGGGAUUUCAGUCAGCAAGGAUCCAGUGCUGAGAUGCUACUGGCUCCCGUCUGCAUGUUCAGGGACCCCUUCCUUUUGGACCCUAACAAACUAAUUCUUUGUGAGGUGCUCAAGCACAACCGGGAACCUGCAGAAUCGAAUCAUCGUAACAGCUGUAACAAGGUCAUGGAGAAGGUCAAAGAUCUCCACCCGUGGUUUGGUAUGGAGCAGGAAUAUACUCUCCUGGGAGUGGAUGGACACCCUUAUGGCUGGCCCAGACUUGGCUUCCCCAAACCACAAGGUAUGUAUAACUGCAGUGUUGGUGCUGACAGAGCCUUUGGCAGAGACAUUAUGGAGUGUCACUAUAAAGCUUGUCUGUAUGCUGGCAUCAAAAUCAGUGGCACUAACGCAGAGACCAUGCCCUCUCAGUGGGAGUUCCAGGUGGGUCCAUGUGAAGGGAUUGAGAUGGGAGAUCAUCUGUGGAUGGCACGUUUCCUGCUACACAGGGUGUGUGAAGAUUUCGGAGUGGUGGCCACCCUGGAUCCAAAACCCAUGACAGGAGACUGGAAUGGAGCCGGUUGCCACAUCAAUGUGAGCACAGUGCAAACAAGAGAAGAAGGAGGAAUUGAGCACAUUGAGAAAGCCAUCGAGAAACUGAGAAAGCGUCAUGCAGAGCAUAUUCGAGUCUACGACCCAAGUGGUGGCGAGAAUAACAAGCAGCGCCUUACAGGUAUUCGGGCGUUCUCCAGCAUCCAUGAUUUCUCAGCAGGUGUUGCUAACCGCAGGGCGAGUGUCCGUAUUCCCCUACGGGUGGCUCAGAAAAAAUGUGGUUAUUUUGAGGACCGCCGUCCUGCCGCCAACUGUGACCCAUAUGUUGUGACCUGCGCAAUGGCCCGCACAUGUAUGCUGGAAGAGGAGGAAGAAUUUAAAUGGAAUUUUGGAAACAAAAAUAAUGGUUGUUUAAUGUUAGAAUGA